AUGAAUACUGUGAAUCAUGUCUAUAGUUGGGGUCACAACUGGUUGGGACAGUUGGGUAGAGAUGUGACACCAAAAGGGGUUUAUUUAAAACCCGAGAGAAUAUCGUAUUUCGACGACAAAGUUGUCCAACAAAUCAGUUGUGGUUCCUUCCACUCACUGGCCCUCACAUCCAGUGGACAGGUGUAUGGGUGGGGGUCAAAUUGUAAUGGACAGAUUGGUUGUGGAGAUAAACAAAAUAAUAAUUUUGAUGACAAAGAAACGGAAAAUGUAUUAAAAGAAGUAAAGAAUUUGGAAAAAGUUAAGUCUGAAUAUGUGGUCCAAUAUUACCACUCAUGGCGUGAAACCGGAUGUCUUUACAUACAAAUGGAGUUCUGUUCCCAUAAUCUGCAGAAUAUUCUUGAAGUAAAACCACAAGUAUUUGGUCGACAAUCGGGAGAUCCAAUGAAUUUAUACGAGUAUUUCAUUUCGUGUGAAAUAUUCCGUCAGAUCUUAGAAUGCGUUCAAUAUUUACAUGAAUUGAAGCCACAGAUCAUUCAUAGAGACCUCAAACCCGACAAUAUAUUGAUUGCACACAACGUAACGAAAGGCAGGUUUUUGAAGUUAUGUGACUUCGGUUUGGCUACAGUUCACGACAAACGUGUUCACUACAGGACUACACACAGACAUACGGCAGAUGUCGGGGACUUAAGAUAUAUGGCACCUGAAAUUGGUCAAGAUCCCUUAUAUACUCACCAGGCCGGAAUGCAGUAA